AUGUCAACAUAUCUCAUAACCGGCGCCUCCCGCGGCCUGGGUCUCGCCCUGGCCCACCAUCUCGCCAACCUGCCCGGUUCUUCUGUAGGAACCAUCUUCGCAACAUCCCGCUCAGAACACCCAAACCUCCAGGAACUCAGCCAACAAUUCGACCGGGUCAAGUGGGUCCAAUGUGAUGUUACCGACUCAGCGAGUGUGCAUGAUGCAGUCACAGCAGUUCAGGGUCAACUGCAGGGGCAGGGACUAGAUGUACUCAUUAAUAAUGCGGGUGUGAUGCCGCAUACAAUGGGCAGAAUCGCGAAUAUGGAUGACCUGACGGAGACGUUCCAUACAAACGUCACUGGGACCCAUAAUGUCACCCGGGCAUUUCUCCCUCUGCUCCGAGAGGGACGAAGGAAACUCGUUGUUAAUAUAUCGACAACCCUCGGCUCAAUGACUCUCGCGCCGGUUUACAAAGGCUCACCAACGCCGGCGUAUAAAAUCACCAAAGCAGCAUUGAACAUGUUGACGGUGCAGUACGCACAGGAUUACGCUAGCGAGGGAUUCACCUUUCUCGCUGUGAGCCCCGGCUGGCUCCAAACAGACAUGGGUGGGUCAAGAGCCGACCUCCCGCCUGCAACCGGGGCACAGGGAGUCCUCGAUAUCGUGCAGAAGACAACUCCGUCUCAGAAUGGAAAGGCUCUGAAUAUCCAUGUGCCGGGGUGGGAGGAGAAUGAGGGAUUGAAUCAGUAUGAUGGUAAAGAGGUGCCGUGGUAA